AUGGAUGAAGAGCUCCCACAGAAGACGGUGUGGCAGCAGCGGCCGCAGCCCCUGAGGCUGCGGCCGUCUGUGCUGCAGCAGCAGCAGCAGCAACGCGUGCAACAGCAGCAGCAGCAGCAACAGCAGCAACAGCAGCAACAGCAGCAGCAGCAGCUGCUGCUGCCCCCGGGGCCUUCGCUGGGCUCCAACGUGACGCUGGCUGCACCGCUUGCGUCUCCUCAGUCAGCAGCGUCAGCAGCAGCAGCAAACACAGUGCAGCCUGGGCUGCAGAGAAGCAGCAGCAGCAGCAGCAGCAGCAGCAGCAGCAGCAGUUGCUCCGCCCGCAGGAUCUUGUCGGCGUCAGCCUUUACGGGGGGCGUCGGCCCCUCGCUGCAGGUGCCGUGGGCGCGCAGCAGCAGCAGCAGCGGCAGCGGGCCUGCUGCUGCUGCUGCUGCUGCUGCACUCUUUGCUUCGGGACCUGCUGCUGCUGCUGCUGCUGCAGCACAGCGCCGACCCUCGACCGGCGCUUACAGGGGCAGGCUGCAGCCGCAGCUGUAUGUACACCCGAGGCCCUCGGCAAGCGCGGGCGCGCAGCGCCAAGGCCUGCAGCAGCAGCAGCAGCAGCAGCAACAGCAGCAGCAGCAGGAUGUCCGGUGUCCUGUAACUCGCCUGCUCACUAGCGCUGCUGCUGCUUCGGAUGUUGCUGCUGUGGCGUCUUCUCUGCAUGAGCUGCUGCAGCAGCAGCAGCAGCAGCAGGAAGAGCGGCAGGGCCUGUCUCAUCCGCUACUAUACAGGGAUCCUUCCACUGCUGCUGCUGCGGCACAACCUGCUGCUGCUGCUGCUGCUGCUGAUUUCUCGCUGCGCGUGGCAUCGGAGCAGCAGCUGCUGCUGCAGCAGGCGGCGCACCGCCGCCGCAGCUGCAGCAGCAGCUGCCGCUCAGCACCACAAGGCUCUGCUUCUGCUGCAUCCACGCGCUGGGAGAGGAAGCAGCAGCUGCAGCAGCUGCAGCAACUGCAGCAGCAGCAGAUUCAGCAACAGAGGCAGCAGCAGCAGUCGCAGCAGCAGCAGAUGCAGCAGAUGCAGCAGAUGCAGCAGCACUUGUUUCCUUCUCGCCACGAUGCACAGGAACAGCAGCAGCAGCAGCAGCAGCAGCAGCAGCAACAGCAGCAAAUUGAUCCUGGCGGCCUGCUGACACGCGCGUCUGCUGCUGGGCAUUCUCUGCUGGGUUUUGGCCGGCAGCUGGCGCGGAAUUUGCUGCGGGCGAGCCCUGCGCCAGCAGCAGCAGCAGCAGCAGCAGCAGCAGCAGCAGCAGGCGCUGAAGAUGGGCAGCGCAGCCCACAGCAGCAGCAGCAGCAGCAGCAGCAGCAGCAGCAGCAGCAGCAGCAGCGUGCUGCAUCUCGGACGCCCUCAGUCUGCUCCCUUAAAAGGUUUCUUGAAGUGCAGCCGCCCCCAAAGCGGAAGCAAAGUCGCACAGAUCCUGCUGCUGCUCUUGCGCUGCAGCAGGAUCAGCGGCAGCAGCAACUGCUGCUGCUGCAGCAGCAGCAGCAACAGCACGAGAAGUGGCAGGCGCUGCAGGCAAACGGCCUCCAGGCACAGCCACGCUGGCAGGAUUCUGGAUCUCCAGCAGCAGCAGCAGCUGCUGCUGCUGCUGCUGUGGCAGACACGGGCGUUGCUUUGGAGGGGCAGCAGCAGCAGCUGUUGCUGCUGCACUUGCAGCAGCAGCAGCUGCUGCACCGCUGCAGCCGCCACGGCUUCUCGCUGCACCGAGCGCGCCUUUCGCUGCGUCGUCUUGCUGCUGCCUUUGGAGAUGAGAAGGAGCUGCAGCUGCUGCAGCAGCACUACGAGCGGAUGCUGCAGCAGCAGAAACAGCAGCAGCAGCAGCAGCAGCAGCAGCAGGAGCAAGAGGGAAGUACUCAAAGAGGCCCCAAUGCGGACCAAACCUGUGAGGAACGGCGUUGUCAGUCCGAGCAGCAGCAGCAGCAGCAGCAGCAGCAGCAGCAGCAGCAUCUAACUACACAGUUGGGUGGGCGGUUCAUUUCUCUGCAUGCGCCGCUGCUGCUGCAGCGCGAGGAAGCAGUUGCUGCUGCAGUUUCAGCAGCAAACCAGUUGCUGCUGGUGCAAGAGUCUCAGGAACAUGAGCCUCUGCAGCAGCAGCAGUUGCAGCAAGGGCAGCGCCUGCAGCAACUGCUGCAGCAGCAGGAAUAUGGUAAUCAGCUUGUGCUGCUGCUGCAGCAAGUGGAGCAGCAGCAGGAGGCAGUAGAGGAGUCUCUCCGGCUGCUGCUGCAGCAGACAAAUACUGCUGCUAAAGCUGCAGCCAAUGCCGCAGCUACUGCUGCAGCAACUGCUGCAGCGGCACCGUCAGAUGCUGCGAAAGGAGAUGAAGCAGCACAAGAGGCUUUUGCUGUUAAGGCGCAGCAGCAGCAGCAGCAGCAGCAGCAGCAGCAGCACAAGGAAUCCAUAGGAACUGGGCAGCGGCGCCUGAGCUCGUGCAGCAGCCCCAGCACCAGCAGCACCGGUUGCUGCAGCAGUGUUGGCAGCAGCGGCAACAGCGGCAACAGCAGCAGCAGCAGCAGCAGCAGCAGCAGCAACAGCAGCAACAGCAAUAACAGCAAUGACGAAGAUACAGCCGGAGGCGUAUCUUGCGCCUCCACCGCUGCAGCACCGGACCAUGAGGCAGCAGCAAAUGAUGGCGAUGCUGCUGUUCUUGCUGCUGACGAAGCAGCAACAGCAGCAGCAGCAGCAGCAGCAACGGCUGCAGAAGCAGCAGCAGCAACAAGGCAGAGCCUGCGGUGGCAAGAUAUCUUAGGCGUCCCGCAGGGAACCGUUGCUGCCCUGCUGCCUGCUGCUGAUGACUCCGCAGCAGCAGCAGCAGCAGCAGCAACGACAGCAGCAGCUGCAGAAACGACAGCAGCAGCAGCAGCAGCAGCAGCAACAACAACAGGAGCAGCAGCAGUAGCUCCAGAUUUGUCGGGUCUUCGCGCCUAUCCGCAUCUGCUGCAGGCGUUGCUGUCUUUGCUGCCAGGAGAGUCGCCUACCCUCGGCGCCAUAAACUCCCUCAUUGCGACCUUCAAUGCCCUAGAUUUGCAGGGUCCUGCCGCUGCUGCUGCUGAUGCAGCAGCAGAGCCUCAACCAGGUCCUCUUGUGUACUGCCUCGAAGCGCUGCCCAUGGCCGCCAGGGAGCUGCAGAAGCUCAGCAGCAGCCAAAACGAAUUGCUGCAGAAGGCUCGAGAUGCUGAAACUCAUCUUCAGCGUCUUGUUAACCGCAUGCAGAGGCGACAGAAGCAGCAGCAGCAGCAGCAGCAACAGCAGCAGCAGCAGCAGCACGAAGCCACGCUGGUUGUCCCGGUGUAUGGCGAUGGAGUGGCGUAA